AUCUCAAGUCUGCUGAGUAGUUGCUAAGAACUCUCUUUUAACUUUCUUUUCUUAAUACAUGAAUAUACAGUUGGUGGAGCACACAUAGAUAUACCUUUUGAUCAAAUAGGAGGGUCACUGCUAUAGGUGCAAUGCUAUGUUAAAGCAGUCUGUGUCUGAAAAAUAUGGCUUCAUCCCAAGACACCAGUCACAUUCCUUCUCUUGCAUCACCAACACAGCGAAUGCACUUGAUUCAUGUGGAUUCUGUUCAUCGAUGGAUGGAGGACUUGCGGUACAUGACAGAAGUGGAGUGCAUGUGCAUCCUUCAAUCAAAACCAAUCAGUGUUGAUGAAGAUGCUCAAAGCGAGCUCAUCAUUAACCCAGAGCACACUGUACGGGACAACCUUCAGACUCUGCUGAAGAGAGCUUUCAUUAUCAGCUCUGAACUGACCAAAAUGUUUCAAAAGCUGGAGAAGAACCGUUGGCAAAGAAUGCACAGCACAGCAGUGAGAGCCAAUUGCCAUGUGCGCUCCCUGGUCAAUGAGUACAACAUCUUCACAAGGAAUUCUCCUGCAGAAAUACAAAAAUAUGAAAAGGCACUGCUGGAGAAAUGCAUGGAGCUGACAAUCAUAACUGAGAGGUGCAUACACACAGAAGAUGAAUAUUUUUUGAUGUCUAUGAAAGACUCGAUCCAUGAAAUACUGACAUCUGUUGGCGAGUCCUUCAGCCACAUGAUUGACAUGGCUUUAGCCAAUGAGAUACAGGUCUUGGUCAGACAAAUGGAAUUGUCUGAUAACAUGUAUACCAUUGGAACAGCCAUCAGCAGCCUACUCGGCCUGACCCAAGAAGGAUCCCAUUUGUGCCGCAUCAUAGCGAAGGAAGGGGCUGUGGUCGCCCUUUUUAAGAUUUGCCGACAGGACUGCUUCCGCUGCCUCUGUGCGCAUGCUCUGAGAACGCUGGCAUCAAUCUGCUGCGUGGAGGAAGGAAUCAGUCAGCUGGAAAAGGUGGAUGGCAUCCUGUGUUUAGCAGAUAUCCUCACAGAUGAAACCAAUCCUGAAGAGAUGCGUGCAGAGGCAGCCGCUGUGGUAGGCCAGAUUACAUGCCCACAUUACACCUUCACCCAGCAUCUGGGCAGUUUCCUGGAGAACAUGGAAGACAUUGUGACCGCGCUUAUCAAACUGUGCCAUCAUGCUUCUUCUGGGGAAGUCUUCCUGCUGGCCUCUGCAGCUCUAGCCAAUAUCACCUUCUUUGACACCAUGGCAUGUGAAAUUCUACUGCAGCUGAGUGCUGUUAGAAUAUUAUUUGAAGCGUGCCGCGAUCGAAAGAGAGUGGAUACACCCUACUCAAAAGAUCAGGUUGUGACAGUAUUAGCGAAUAUAUCUGUACUUGACCACUGUGCUUCAGAGGUUAUACAAGAAAGAGGUAUUGAGUGUUUGCUGGAGAUGUUAUUUGAGAAGCCAUCUACUUCAAAUCCACCAGAGGUUGCUGCUUGCGAGCGAGUCCAGCAGAAAGCUGCAGUUACACUGGCUCGGCUGAGCAGAGACCCAGUUGUAGCCCACACUGCCACAAAACUCAACUGUAUUCCUCGACUGAUAGAGCUCUGUCGAUCACCAACUGAGCGAAGCAACAGUGAUUCUGUUUUAGUUGCCUGUUUGGCAGCCCUAAGGAGGCUAGCAGCUGGGUGCCCAGAAAGCAUUGACGAUUCUGACUUUCAACAACUAAUAAAACCGAGACUAGUGGAUUCCUUCUUACUGUGCUCAAACAUGGAAGAAAGCUUUGUAUAGUGGUAGCUGUAAAAUAACAAUCUAUGUGAAAAGUGUUCAAUUAAAAUCAAAAACCUGAAUUCACUUUAAAGUUGACCAAAAAAUGUUAUGAUGUUAGAUUGAAGUAUUUUUUUUGUUUCUUUUAAAUAGAGAACUAUAAGGAUAUAAACCAUCCCUUUUUAGCAGCGAAGCAUGGAUCAUAUUUGUAGUUUUUAUAGACUAAAAUGUAACUUAGUAAAGUGAAUUUUCUAACAUGUAUGUUCCUAAAUUAUUUUAUAUACAUAAUCAAGAGAUAAACUUAAGUAUCCUGGUUGGUGUACGUAAUAUAUGUUUUAGUAUUUUGACAUAAAAGUGUGUUCAUUUACCAAUCAUUGGGACAAUACAAGUAGAAAGUCUACUUCUGCAUUUCCGAAUCUUACAAAAUACUAGUAAACUGUAGAAUUUGCAGACUUCCCCAUUUCCAUGUCCUCAUCUUUCACAUCCACUGUAGACUCACAUUCAAAAACAUGGUACUUGGAUCAUUCUAGUUAUUGGGUGUCUGAUUGUGGUGUGUCAUCAGAUCAUCUAUUUCAGUUCAGUUCACCACCCUCUCCUUAAUUCACUGAUAGAGUACUGAACAUGCACACAAACUACAAAUUAAAACCUUACAUAAGUACAAAUAAAACUUUUUUUUUCCUUCUCGUUUUUGUCCCUACCUGUCUUAUGUUCAGAAGUUUCAACGAUGCAUUCCAUCCUGUACAUCAUGCUACUGUACUUUUACACUAUCUGUGGAAUUAUAAUCUUAUUCAUUCUCUCAGCAUCUGAUGUUGCAGAAAGCCACACUUUUAACUUCACACUUGGUUGUGUUUGCUCACAUGCUAAAACUAGCACGUUAAAAAACAGAAUAUACUGUAUGUGUAAGCCUGGUAUCCGUGGGGAGGAAAUAAGUAUUCGUUCUUUGAAUAUGUCAUAUUUCACUACUGUGAAUGCAUUAAGGGAAAAUUGUAAAACAUCUAAAGUGGAAAAUGUCAACCUAGCAAAAUAUUAAACAUACUGUAUAUCCAGUUUGAGCAGACCAUCAAAUAUCAUUCUAUAAAAACAUGGAUUAAACUUCUAUGGAUUUAUGGGUAGUUUUUGGUUGCCUUUUUGAAGUUUAAGUUAAUGUAUUUGUAUUUUACAGUAGCUAUGCAAAACAAGAAGUGAUUAUUUUGGGUUGUCAUCGAUAUAGGUACCUAAAA